ACAUUCAGAAUGAGCGGGUGGUUCAUAGUGCUGCUGCUGCCCACGGCAGUGCUUGGGUUUGUUGUGAACAGAGGGACCACAUUUACUCACCAGGAGAUCACACAGAGAGCAUUUCUAAACGUCACAGUAGAAGUGUGCCGCUCCAUAGCCCAGUCUGAGGGCAGGACCUUCACUGCCCCGGCCACGCCUUAUACAGUGGAGAAUGUUCUUCAGUCAUGUGAUGCUCAGAAUGCAAUCAAGUUAUUCUACCAAAACAUGAAGUUAAUCCAAAACUACAAUAUACGAGUGGACAAAAGUGUUCUGUACAACUCCCCAAGUCAUCACUUUCACAACGAGAUGUUUAAUGAAGGACGUGAUAUCAUUGUAGCAGGGUUGGGGGCUGUGAAGGCCAGCAACAAGAAAGGCAACUACGAGGCAGCCCAGAAACAAAUUGGAAAAAUCAGCCACACUCUAGAAGAUUUUUACAGCCAUAGCAACUGGAUAGAACUUGGCAAAGAGGUCCCAAAUGCUAAUCUUUUGAAAGGAAAUGGCAAUGUUGGUACUAUUGCAGCCAGAACGAGGGCCACCUGCCGUAGCUGUACUGGAAACAACUGCGACAACAACAUAUUGAGCGACAUCAUCAAUGAACAAUUACUGACCUCUGGCUAUUUUGCCCUUAGCCCAUCCACCUCCAAACCCACAGGAAAAUGCAGCUAUGGUGGGGAUUUGGAUGGUUCAAGUACUGUUGAGCCUAAAGGUGGCAUAAAUAAGGACACACCAACUUCCAGUCAUGGUAAACUCCAUGAAAAAGCUGCAAACAUGGCGAUAGCUGCCACUUCUCAACUCUUAGAGGAUGUACGAGCAGCAGGUGGAGACAGUGCUUUCUUACAGAUGCUCGGAGCUAAGUCUGGCAAGCCUCUGUGCUUUGUAGUAGACACCACCGGGAGCAUGACGGCGGACAUUGCAGCAGUGCAACGCCUCACCUCCACACUUAUAAGCAAUGUUCAAGCCGGAGUGCAGCCAGAGCCUUCAGUUUACAUAUUGGUCCCUUUCAAAGAUCCAAAUGUUGGGCCACUUUUCAGAACCACUGAUGCUAAUGAGUUCAAAAUAGCCAUUGAUUCACUGACAGCAUCAGGUGGAGGCGAUCGGCCUGAAGUGACUCUAUCAGGACUACAGAUGGCUGUAAAUGGUGCUCCACCUGGCUCUGACAUAUUUCUGUUCACUGAUGCCUCCGCAAAGGACACAAAUUUGAAAGAAAGUCUCAUGGCUUCGAUUGAGCAAAAGAAGUCUACAGUUAACAUUCUGAUGACGGGGGUUCCUGAGUCGUUAGCUGAUCUCGAACUGUACGAAGAGGUGGCUCAGUCUUCAGGUGGACAGUUGCUGAGAGUCUCAAAGAGUGAACUUGCACUUGCCACUGACAUUGUGCUUGACUCCUCUGGCUCUUCUUCGGUCACACUUUUGGAUGAAGUGAGGAAACCAGGAAAGUCUGAAAAUUUUACUUUCAUUGUGGAUGAUACAACCAAUAAUGUCAUUGCUUACAUUACUGGGGCCAUUUCAAGUGUCACCUUUGUGAAUCCUUCAGGUCAAUCUCAGACGAGUGCACCCGUGAUUGCUUCUUCUACAACAGUGGGAAACUUCAGAAGAAUCAAGCUGAAUAAACAAGUUGGAAUUUGGCAAAUGAGGGUUGUGUCAGACAACCCAUACACAGCAAAGAUUGUCGGUGACAGUCCGUUAGACUUCAUCUAUGACUUUUUGGGACCAGCACAAGGUCCUCUGGGAGGAGAGGUUGCUUCUGAGAGUCGCCCAAAAUCAGAUGCUAAGGGAAGUAUGGAGCUUACAUUGAUUGGGAGUGAGACUGCCACUGUGACCAGCGCUUCCUUGCUAAACUCAAAAGGAAGGGUUGACGGCACUGUCACUAAACUGGGCAACAAGGAAUACUUAGUGGAGUUUAACCCUAUGCCAACAGAGACAAGUACUCUGCUUGUAAGGGGGUCAAACUCUAAUGACCAAGCUACUGCUUCAUCUUUUCAACGGAUAUCAUCAGGCAAAAUCAAAACCUCUUCUCUCUCUGUGACUGCUGAUGAACUGAAUGGCCUUAUUGAGCCAGGUACAUCAAUCUCGAUACCGUUCACUGUUUCGAGUGACAAAGCAGGAGUCUAUACAGUUACAGCUACGAAUGACAAAGGAUUCAGCGUUGUUUACCCGUCUAGUCUUGGGUUGAGUGGAGGCAAAGCUGAUGGGACAGUCAUCCUCACUGCUCCACUUACAGCAGAGUCGGGUAGUGAAGUCACCCUCACCAUUCAAGCCGAGGAUUCUGGAAAAACAGACAUGAACUAUGCAACCAUGAGUUUCACUGUGCUCAAAAAGGUGACGGACUUCAGCUCCCCAGUCUGUGAGGUUCUGAGUCAGACGAGCUGUCCUCAGAGCUGUGGUACAUCCAUGUGGCAGCUCUAUGCCAGGGUCAGCGAUGGCACAGGUGGCACUGGAGUGGAAAACGUCUACAUCCGUCGGGGCGAUGGGACACUGACCUCCAGAUUAGCUUCAGGAAAUGCUAAAACUGUGACCUAUGAGGCCUCCUGCUGCUCAACUGAAGUAGAAAUAGUAGCAGUGGAUAGUGUGGGUAAUGUAGGCACCUGCAAUUUCCAAAGAAAAUUGGCCACCACAACCACAACCACAACCACAGUGAAGCCCAACACUGUUAACGGCGGAGCUCAAACAACAGCGUCAAAGUCGCCCAAACUCAUGCAGUCUUCUCUCCUUUGUCUCAUUCUCUGCCUGCUUGGGUUUCAUUUCACCAAUUGAAAAAUAAGUCAUGCUAAAGUGAAAGAGAUAACAAAAUUAAGAUUAUUUAUUUAGUUUUAAUAAUAAGUAUUUAUUAGUCUAUGGUGAAACGUAGUAUAUUUUGGUCUAGGCUAUUUAUGUAUAAUAUUCUACUAUAUUUAUUUCAGCAUUAAUUUUCUGCUCCAUUGCUGUUGUUUUUAUUUAUGUGUAGUGUAUAAGAUGUAAACAAUUAAUAAAGCUAUUUAUACUAAGCUUUAUGAAAA